UCAAAACUAUCAGCACCUAGAUAAAUACUUGGCUAAUGCUGUUGUAUUAUUUAUUAUAAAAAGUAAGAGGUUAGAGGAAUGUGAGUCGUACUACUUAUGGCACCGCUAUUUAAAUAUGCCAAAGCUAAGUUAGCAGCUAACGUCGAAGCUAAGCCGUUAACUAACGUUAACGUUCACCGCCAACAUUACUACGUUAAGCUCACCCUCUUUCUUGGCAUUGACGGCUUCCCGUUCCAGUUACGUCUUCCUGGUUACCAUCCAGCUUUUAGUCUUGGCGUUAUCAGGCUUAAACAUAAAACAUUGUCAUCCGUGAAAUCCACUUCAGCUUCUGGAGCCAAGCAGGUCAGUCAGCUAAUGUUAGCUGGACCAGAUCAGACCGUGGAGCACACGGUCUCCUCCGCCACAACACCAACACUCACUGGCACGGCGGACUGGAAUUAAAGGGGAGUAUCGAGAUAUAUACGAUUUCGUCUCUUUCAGGAGACACAGGAGAAGAUUGUGAUCAACACGGUGGAGGAAUGGCCUCUCAGGGAGACCUCCAAACCCUCCUCACGUCCAGGCAGCCUCCGCAGAUUUCCCACUCUUCUCCACCCGCCGAAGAGAAGGACUCCUCCCGCCUGUGUUUCAGCACCAUGGUCGGCGCUCGGACUCUCCUCCUCGCGGCCACCUGCUGCUGCACCUACCUGUGGCUCGCUCAUGCUGAAGACUCCUCACUGGAGACGCGCUCAUUGGAUUUCCCCCUGAAAACCCAACAAGAGAAAGACCUGAUUGACGCGUUGCAGGAAGUUUUGGAGAAACUGAGGAGCAAAGAGAUGCCCUUAGAGAAAAAGCUUGGCUGGCUGCCUUCGUGUGACGCAGGGGAGCCGUGCGCCGUGCGUAAAGGCGCGCGAAUCGGCACUCUGUGCAGCUGUCCCCGGGGAACUUCCUGUAACUUUUAUGUUCUCAAAUGUUUGUGAAGAAAGAAGAUAACAGAAAUACAAGAAAACACCGGGGAGAGUUUAGGAGGGCUGGAGUGACAACAUCAGUUGUCAUUCUCCUUGUGACAAAAUUAAAAACGCAAUGUAAUGUGUGAUUAAUAAUAUUAUUAAAGGACGCUUUUCUUUUAUAAACUCGGACUGUUAAAUGUUAGAUUAUAGGUUUUCAAUAGAGCUGAUGGUCUGUGUACAGCUGUCUCUUUUUGUCAGUGUUUAUCAAGUUGUUUGUGCGGGGCUGACUUAAACCUUUGUAAAUUUUUUUUCUUUUCGCUUUGUUUGUUGUUGUUCCUGUUAUGGGGGAAAUAAUGAAGCUAUCAUGGCAUCAGUUUCUAAACACAUUUGUAAGAUAAGGAAGUCAAUAAAAGUUAUAUUCAA